UUUCCUCGCUGACGUGAAUGGAAAAGAGAAUCAAGCUGCGGACAUAAUCUGAGCUAUUGCUCGCGAACAGGGCAGCAAAAAAGGACUGGCAUCUUCCCCUCGGACUAAUUGUCGGGGAAUGUUGUAGCGGAUACCUCUAGGGUGAUAUUUGUUAUAUUUACAAGACAGUUAGUUGAAUGUACAUGGUGUACAGUAGCACCGAAGCUCACUGCGUACCGCCCUAUUCUGCUUCAGCUGCUUUCAAUACUAUCAGAUCCAUCUGUACGACCGGCCAAUUCAGAAGGAGAGAACAGCAAACUGGAGCACACUCAUGUUGGCUCUGUGAAUUUAGCGGAGGUAAAAGACGACGGAAGACAAGCCCUGAGAAAGGAUUACGAUAUCUGGAGACUGAUUUUACAUUCCUAGUGGUCUUUAAAUGCCCCAUUUUUAAUUGACAGUAUCUGUCAGCUUUUUAGUCCGUAACAAAUUUGGGGUGCAACAAUUUGCUUUUGUUUCCUGGUUUCUUUUUCUUUUUUUACAUUUCGAAGAAGAUCGUUGGAGUGAAAGGAAAUUUUUUUUCCAUCCUGGCUCAAUUUGUCUAGUUAUUUUUCCGUUUAUUGUUUAAUCACGACUCCCUGUUAUAGUUGAGAGGAAGAAAUGACUUCAUGAAUGGAAUUCUCCCAACGGGGAAACUAACUGGAAUUUGUUGAGACCUUGACAAACAUUCUUUUGUGUAUCUGGAGUGUUUGUGUUCUUGAGGUUCAUCGAAAUCAUUCUGUGGAAGGAACCAAGGUGCCUCGCCAGAACUCUCUGUGACCUCUCUAAGGACUCAAGUGGGAGAACAUAACAAGGUUGUUCUUGGGAAAUGGGAUCUGAAAAGGACUCUGAAUCACCCCACUCCUCUGUUAGUGGCAUUCCCAAUCCGAAAUGCCGUGGGCCUGGUAAGAAGCAAGGCAGGAUCUCUUUUCAUAGUCUCUUUCAUGGCAAACGCGGAUCCAGGGGAAACAAGGCUAAUGUUGGCACUCCUCUUGCGCAACAGCUGCACCAACAGCAACAACUCCAGCAACAGCAGCUUCUCCAGCCUCCCACACCCACAAAUGUUUCAUCAGACCCAUCUACGGCAGGCCCGGCCGAGCCGUUAUCCGCCAGCCAGGCCUCUUUGGGAGGUCAAGAACUCCUAGAGUGUCCCUUGUGCCUGGUGCGUCAACCUGCGGAGCAGCUUCCUGAGCUCCAGGGAUGCAGCCACCGGUCUUGCCUGUGCUGUCUAAGGCAGUACUUUCGUAUCGAGAUUACGGAGAGCCGAGUGCAGCUCAGCUGCCCGGAGUGCGCCGAGCGACUUGCCCCACGGCAGGUGGCCCUCAUCUUGGACGAUCCCAACCUGAUGGAAAAGUAUGAAGAGUUCCUGCUGCGCCGCUGCCUGGCAUCGGACCCUGAUUGCCGAUGGUGUCCCGCUCCCGACUGUGGUUUUGCAGUCAUCGCUUCUGGAUGUGCCAGCUGCCCCAGGCUGGUGUGUCGAAGAGAAGGGUGUGGUGCUGAGUUCUGUUACCACUGCAAGCAAGCUUGGCAUCCUAACCAGACCUGCGACUCUGCCCGCCAGCAGAGAGCCCUGUCCUUGAGAACACACAGUAACCAUUCACCCAGCUACACGGCCGAGCAGGGGCACACUGAUGACAUCAAGCCUUGCCCCCGAUGCGGUGCCUACAUCAUCAAGAUGAACGACGGCAGCUGUAAUCACAUGACCUGUGCUGUGUGCGGCUGCGAGUUCUGCUGGCUCUGUAUGAAGGAGAUUUCAGACCUGCACUACCUCAGUCCAUCAGGUUGUACAUUCUGGGGAAAGAAGCCAUGGAGUCGCAAAAAGAAGAUUCUGUGGCAGCUGGGCACUUUGAUUGGUGCACCUGUGGGCAUCACUCUAAUCGCUGGCAUCGCAGUUCCUGCUAUGGUUAUCGGCAUCCCCGUUUACAUUGGACGCAAGAUCCACUCACACUAUGAGGGCAAGAAAACGUCACAUCACAGGAGGAAUCUCGCCAUCACUGGUGGUGUGGCUCUUUCAAUCAUUACAGCUCCAGUCAUCGCUGCUGUCAGUGUGGGCAUUGGUGUUCCCAUCAUGUUGGCGUAUGUGUAUGGUGUUGUGCCUAUCUCUCUGUGCCGCGGCGGGGGCUGUGGGGUGAGCCGGGGGAAAGGUCGUGGUGUAAGGAUAGACUUUGAUGAGGAUGACGGGCCUAUUACUGUUGCUGAUGCAUGGCGAGCGCUGAAGUCUCCCAGCCUGGGCGAGAGCAGUUUGGAGGGAGGAGCCAGCGGCCUCAGUACCACCUCUCCGAGCGAGGGCCUAUCCGUCGCUCCAGGUGGUCUGGGAGACACGCCACAUUUCAACACACUAGCGGGAGGAGCACUUGGUGCGAGGACAGGAAAAUACAGCAGGCUGGAGGUGCAAGGAACUGAGCUGGGAAAGGAAAGUGCCGGCAGGGAGACAGGCAGCUUGGGAGCGGCCAGUGACUGUGCAAGCACAAGGGGCAUGGCAGGAUCAAUCACUUCCUCUUACACCUUACCUGACAGAGAGGGCACUAACCUCGAGAUCCAGGUGGACAUUGAAACUAAACCAAGCCAUCUGUGUCUAACCACUGAAGAGGAUCUGGCUCCGCCUACUGCUGCCAUGGUGCCCAGCUCGGGGGAGGAGCCACAGGACUGCAGUUCCCGCAGAAGCGGGGUUGUCGUGGAUUCCUCUCUGGGCCUGUCACCAGGAAUGUCACUCAGGGAGGGUCUCCGAGACGUCACCCUCGCUCAGCCGGAAAGCAUCCGCAGCGACCUGGAGAUGUCCGACACGCAGUCGGAUGACAUCGCGGAGCUCACAUCCGACGACUGCGACUCGCCCCGACCCAAGAGCUGCCACGCCGCGCCCCCUCCGCAGACGACCUGCAGAGCCUUGAACCCCACCGACAGCCUGCACUGUCCCGACAAUGUCAUUCUUUACGUGUGAGAGAGACUCUCGCCAUUGCACAAAGCCAACCGUUUCUGAGCUUUUGACUUGUUAAUGCUUUACCUGUUAUUUUGCUGCUUUUUAUAAUUAUUAAAACACCUUACUUGCAUCCAGACAACUCAUGGAACUGACUGCUCAUCGCUCUGCUCUCCUGUCCCGUCUCUAUUACAAGCACGGACAGGUCCUCUACCUCUUCAGAAAUUCAUACUGUUAUUCAUUGGUUGGUGUUUACUUCUCGGUGGAGCAAAAGAAAAAAAAAAGAAGCAUUGAAUCGGUACUAUCGUGGCCAGAAGAAUUUCCUUAGAUAACAAACAAACAAAUAAUGCUACAAAGUGAAAUGUCGCCAAGCACAUGUAUACGUGAGUGGUUUGUAUAUGGAUGACACAUUACAGUAUUGUUUGUAUGUUUGUUUUACUUUUAAAUAGACCUGGAAAUUGUAUGAUUUUGCAUGCGCCGCGCUAGUAUUGUUUUGGUCCGGUUUGCACAGAAGAACACACACUUCAAAGUGAGAGAGAUCGGUAUGGAGUAAGGUCAGUGCGAUGAGAGACUGAUCCGAACUUCACUAGCAGACAGUUUGACUUGAAUCACUGACUGCCUGCCUUACAGACCGAGCACAUGCACUCAGUUCCCUUACGCUGUCUGUGACUCACUGACAACACUGUUUGUGCCCUCUUGAGCUGAGAGACGGAUGUAUGUGUGGAUCAUGUUUAUCAGUGUUGAUUUUAUUGCUGGGUAUUAAAUCAUAUAGUAUCAAGGAUGGAACUGCCAUUCACAUGCAUGUCUGUUGUUAUUAAUGUUAUUAUUUUAUUAUGAUUUUCGGCCUCUUUCUUAAGCACAUUGCUUUUCAAGCGUUUCAAGCAGUUUUAUUUUCAGUUUGUUUUACCCGCUAGCUGGAUGUAUGGAUGGAUGGAGUUGGUUAGGGUUAGGAUGAGAUGAGCACUCCUGCACUUUAUCCCACUAUUUAUCAUUGUUCUACAUUGUAGGCUUAUAUUUAUGCACUCCCUUUUUUCUUUUGGAUUUCAGCUUCUCUGGGAAACGUUUGAAUGCCGUAGUCAUGAUUUUGUUAUUUAAUUUUGGAUGUAAUGAAAUAUUGAAAUUUUGUUUUGCAUUCUUAACAUGCUAUGCUUUCUGAAUCUCAUAAUUGUAUUUGGCUGCAGAGAGAAUCCUCAGCUUUUACAUGUAAUGAUGGAUUAGCUUUGUCUUGUAAUCACAUAAAAAGGAUUUGUGGUUGUCACAUCUUUUGCUCUCUUUUUUUUUUUUUUUUUUGGGUUGUGUGAAGAUGCGUUUAUAUUUUUAGGUUUAUGAGCGGAUUGUGAAACUAUACUUGAUAAUUUGACUAUAAACUGGUUAUGGUGAAAUGAGUGUUAUAACAACUAAAUACAGUUACUUAAGCAAUAUGCUGAAGAGAAGGUGUGUUAAAUCUGGCAUUGUUUUGUACAUCCCCACAAAGAUAACUGCACUGGCUGUGAGUGUUUGAAACAACAUGAAAAAUAAACAUUUCCUCCUUUGUGGCAA